CAUCACCAGUGUCAAAACGUACAUAAAAUCCUAUUGUUUAACAUUUAAAAAUGAACACGUCAUCUUUUUUGUGUCUGGUCUUCACAAUUUUUUGUGUAAUAUCGCAGAUUUAUGCAUUGUCUUCAUGCCGGGGAAUACCACCGGAAGCUUGGUGCACUAAUGAAGAAAUCGCCACACUUUGUAAGGUGCUUAACCAGUGUAAAUCUUACUGGAGUGCUCAUGGAAUAGUACCAAACACUACCCAACCUUCAGUCACAUUAAGCCUGGAGUUGACAACGGAACCAUCAGUGUAUGGUAGAGUGAAGUUCUCAUCAUGGGACAGGACGAAGCGACAAGAAUAUGAUGAGAGUGAUAUGAAUCAUACCGAGGACGAAAAGAUGUGGAGUAUCAUGCAUAUAUCAAAUCACCAGAUCUCGAAAGAAGGCAAAGAAUAUUAUGAGAAAAUACUCGCGGAAUAUGCAAAGAACAAAAAUCUCACAUCCGAUAUGUUUGCACCAUUCAAGAAACGCUUACUCGAUUUCUCAGGUAUAUGAUAUCUCAAUUUCCUUAUCA